AUGGAAGAGGAUGCGGCCCAGGCGUCCCCAAUUCCUGUCCUCAUCCAUUACGAAUAUUCAGUAGACCUUCAAAGCCUUUACCAGGUCUCCUCCUGGGGUCUUUCGACCGCAGACUCCGACCCAGAUGUAGAUUCUAAUCCCCCUAUCUCGACAAGAUUGGGGUUCAGCGCCGCCUCCCUCCGGAGGUACUGGGGUGCCGUCAAGACCUUGACCUCAGAUGCGAAAGGCUAUUGGCCUCCCUUCCCCACUCCUCUCUCACUCGAUGUCCGCUUCUUGAAGACCUUGACAGGCAAGAAGCGGGGCCUAGGGAGAAGGUGUGGAGCCGGGACUCGAGCCUCCAGCUACACCAGGCCUAGCUUCGCUAUCGUCCUGCGACCACAGUCCGGGGGCGAGGAAUCUGGCCCAGGACGUCGCGAUGUCGACAACGAGCGCGCCAACGACAUCGCUCAUCAAACAGACACCGUGGCUCCCCUCCGCCCCAACUCCUCCACCACCCUGCGACGACUCGCCCUUCUGAAUCCCCACCUAUCUCCAGCUUUAAGCCCCCUUUCGACCUCAGCGAUGCCCUCCCCCGCCCCCUGGCGCUCCCCAUUCGAAUUCCACCUCACGACCAACUCAUCCACCUCCUUCACCCUCUCCACUAUCGCCUUCGACGCACAGAACCGGCCCGUCCCGCGCGCGCGAAUCUGCGAAUUCCGCGGCUUCUGGCCCACCCCCAAGCUACACCCUAGCGCCAUCGAAGCCCUCAACGAACAAAAUGUCGGUCUGAACCCCUCCGUCUGCGUCAGCGACUGUCUCUCCGCGACGACAGACGCGCGAAUGGAGAAGGUCGAGCAGCUGCGGGCGUCGGGCGGGCUUGUCGAAUGUGUUUUCUGGCUGGCGGACGUGAAGACGCAAUGGCGGGUGCGUGGGACCGCGCAUAUAAUUGGGGAUCUAGAGGGUGGAGCGGAGGAAAACGAGGCGAGGAAGAAGGUGCUCGAGAAUUCGGAGUUUAGGGGGGAUGCGAAGGGGUGGGAUGUUGAGAGGCAGGUGACGGCUUAUUUUGCGAAUCAUUCACCCGUGAUGAGAGGAUCGUUCAAAAACCCCUCCCCCGGUCAACCCAAAGCAGGCGCGGAGCAGGACGAAGAAUCCGAACUCGGCCAGAAAGUGAACCAGCUGGAUGACCCAGCCGCGCGGGCGAAUUUCCGCGUCAUGGUCAUUGCGCCGGACGAAGUAGAGAGCCUGAAUGUUGAGACGAGGGAGCGCAAGAAGUGGACAUUAGAAGGCGGAGUGCAGUCGCAGAAAAAAUGGAAGGAGGUGGAUUUGUGGCCAUAG